ACGUUUUCCGGUCGUGAUUUUGUACAAAUGUCAUGGCCGCUGAGAUGACUUUCGCUUGCUCCUAGCUCUAUGAUGAUGAAAUUGGUGCAAUAAUGCAAUCGUACUACUCAAUAAGAUAGAUCAGCGACAUCCCCCAACUGUGUGAUAUCUUCCAUUGUUUGGAGUAAUCAAGUGUGCACAAAAUGACUAGACACUUGCUAGUUAAAAUAGUUCACCUAUAUUUAUCGUUGAUUUUGGUGUAACCUCAUGCGCUUAACAGAAGACAGUUUUUCUUUAGAUUACCGUGGGAAGCACAAAUAAGCGUAAAGUGACCAAGCCAUGUUGCGCACUGUAUCCCAUUUGAUCCUUGUGGCAAUGUCAUCAGCAGUGGUUGUGCCAUAUGCCAUCACAAUUCUUUCGCAUCUGAUGUACAGCCAUCAGCCACUGCGUCAAGCUGCAGCACGCUCAUUGCAUCCUCGUCGUGUGUAUGCCUUUAGUCUUGUUCUUCUGCAAAAGAUGGUCCUGUAUUUGCGGUAUUCCCCUCUUUACCUACGUUGGAGAUAUUAUUAUAUAAAUGCAGAUCCAGCAAUAUUGAUCAAGAACAUUGCUUAUGGACGGAACAACUGUUCUCUUGAUUUGCACUUGCCUGAACCUAGGCACACAGUUGUGCUGCAGAAGAAAGCAGUGCUAAAACCAGUGGUGGUCUUCCUUUUUGGAGGAGCUUGGUCAUCUGGGGACAAGAGCAUGUAUGGAGCUUUGUGUUAUCAACUGGCCAAUCGACUGGACUCACUUAUAUGUUGUCCAAACUAUUCCUUGUAUCCUCAGGGCUGUGUUGAUGACAUGAUACAAGACAUUGUAGACUGUGUUCAGUGGAUCUACGACAAUAUACAUAGCUAUGGUGGACAAAAGGAGAAAUUGAUGAUUGUUGGUCACUCUGCUGGGGCCCACCUGGGUGCUUUGGCAAUACUGGAGUUGCUCCACGAGGAACGCACACAGAACAGUAGUGUCCUGUCUCCAGACCUGUUACCAUCUUUGUGCUUCCAUGAAGGGCACUACACAUCUGCUGCACCUAUCGUUGGAAACCAUGAGGAUAGUUCUGAAUCUUCAGAAUCCUUUGCUGUGGUGAGUGAAAAUGGGAACAGUGAAUCUGUUGCUUUGAUCAUGGGCACCAGUGGUGCACUGUCCAGCUCACUAACCCAUGAACUUGAAGCUUCAGCUAGUGCUGCAGGACAGGAAGCCUUAGUAUGUAGUGAAGGACUAGACACUUCAGCAGUUGAUGUAUUUGAUGUCACCACAAAUAGUGGUGUACCUGAGAGAAUGGAACCAUCUUUUAUCAUCUCUGGUUUAGAAGCAUCUGGCAUGGAAACAUACGAGCCUGGAAAAGGUCUCACAGAGCUUGUCCAAGAAAUCCAGGUAAAGGUAAGGAGGUCUGGAGGGCCAGGGGAUGUGGUAGAAAUCUCAAAGAUAAUAAGCCAAGAGGUAAGCACUGCCACAGGAGAGAAUGAGAGUUGUGAUGAAGAAGAUGAUGACAACGAUUCCAUCAUCACCGUACGACCAAAGGACAUUGAGCGACAUGCUACAUUGAGUGACCUAUGUGGCUGCAUCAAAGCCUUUGUAGGACUAGCAGGAGUAUACCAUAUUGGAGAUCACUACAGUCAUGAAUCCUUCCGGGGCAUUGAAGAUAUAUCUAGCAUGACUCCAGCUAUGUAUGGUCAUGACCAUUUUGAACGUUUCUCCCCAACCACUAUGUUGAUGAGCCUCACAGCGCCAAUCAGUUUGCCGUGCAUGGUGCUAGUCCAUGGAACAGCUGACCGUGUGGUGCCAAUCAAAUCUAGUGAAAAGAUGGCGACUGCUUUGUCUCGCAUUGGAACAAAUGUGUCGCUCCAAGUGUUGCCCAACUGCGAUCACUAUGAUAUCUGUUUUGACCUUAUGCUUCCCUCUCGACAGUUCCACAAUACACUCAUGACAAUCUUGAUGGAAACAGCUUCUAGUGUCUUUUGAUUAUAAUCUGUUACAAAACUUAUAAUAUGAUACAGGUUCAAAGAUUUUUAUCUGCACAGAGCUCUUCUAUCACAGAAAAUUGGUUUGUGUUAUGUUAGUACCAUGACAGGUUGAGUACUGUUGACAUAUCAAAGUUAGCAUUACUAGGUUCUUUGGAGAGUGGUGUGCACAUGUGAACGAGUCUAUUUCAGUAAGUGUAAUAGUUACAAUGCAAUGUGCAAUUGAAGAAUUGUAUUAUUACCAUCUCUGUAUGUUUGAAUGUUUAAAAUAUCUUGCUAGUUUUCUAAACUUGAUGCUGUUUAUCCAAGUUAUGAUUUGUCAGAACAGGUGUACGUGGAGAAUUUUUUGUUCAUGAUUGUUCCUGAAUGCAAAUGUGCAUAUCUGGCUAUUCUUUCGGUAAAUGUGUUUUUCUGAAAUUGAUGCAGGUGCCUUUUCCAUUUUGACGAGCCUGCUUUUGUUUUAACUCUAUGGUUUUAGUCCAAAGGGAUGCUAUUUACUUUUAAUAACAGCUUUCAGCGAAAGAUGCUAUGUUUGCUUUAGAUUGCAGUGCGAUGAAUUAGUUGUGGUUAUGGAAAGAGAAUGGCAGUUAUUUUUCACUUUUGAAAUAGUUUUAUUCUAAUUUGUUAGAAUGACCGUGUGACCAAGCACUGACUAGCAGUCAGCAAUAUAAAAUACCAAGUGCACACUUACUAACAUCUAUGUUAGUGAUCAAAAUGCUUUUGUAGUUUCAAAAAGAUGAGUAGGUGUUGGAAUAAACAUAUCUGUUAAAAAUGUCAGGUGUUACCAUAUGAUGAAUUGAAAAACUAUGGUCAUAUCACUGCUGAUAUGUAUAUUUCCCUUCAUCAAAGACACAUGUUAAUUUUUAAGACGUUCAACACCAAUAUCUAAAAGAUUUAUUUUGCUCAAUACAUUGCUUUCUAGUGUUUAGAUCAAGGUGAUUUGUUACAGCAUUCAGGUGUCUUGGGGUAACAAUAUGGCAUAGUGUGGCCACUGUUUAAGGUGAGCUUAUUUCACACAAAACUGGAUUACCAUGAUUUUGUUUUCUUAUAAAUGACUUAAGUGAAUAUCCUUUGCCUUGCACUCUGACCUGUUCCUUUGUAAAAUUUUGAUCAAAAAGUAGUGGUACACCUCAUUGUGAUAUGUGAUAUUUAGUGAUGAUAGUAUUUAGAUGAUUUCAAACUGUCUUCAGUGUUAAGCCAUUACUAUCAGCACCUUGUGAAGUGGCACUGAAAUGGUAUUGGAAAUGUGUUUACAAAUUAGCCGUGACUGCAUGGCUUUUAUUGAAAAUAAUGGUCAUGGAUAGAUACAGGAAAGGUGGAUGGGUUGCUCAAGAGCAGAGUUUGCCACUUUUCAUGAUGCAUUGAUCAUUGCUGACAAAUUUCCACAGACUAUGAUUAACUGGGCACUUUUAGUUAGUUCUAAACAAAAAAACAAAAAAAAAAC